GUACUUUGGCGUCCCUGCCGCGCCAUCUUUAGAAAACAGUGAGCCAAGCAGUGAAUGAAACUUCAUAUUCGUCCCUUGUAAGAACGUGUCGCUGCAUGGACUGAAAUCCUUGGUUUUCAAGGUCGUGAACAUGGGGAUCAAGGUUCUCCCUCGCUGCUUCUUUGACAUCGGAAUCAGUAAUGUUCUUGUUGGCAGAGUUGUGGUGGAGUUGUUUGCAGAUGUCUGCCCUAAAACUUGUGAAAACUUCAGAUGCCUUUGCACAGGUGAGAAAGGUAUUGGUAAAGGAACUCAGAAGCCCCUGCACUACAAAGGAUGCCUUUUUCACCGAAUUGUUAAAGACUUCAUGAUCCAAGGAGGAGAUUUCAGUGAAGGAAAUGGAAGAGGAGGCGAAUCCAUCUAUGGAGGCUUUUUUGAAGAUGAAAGCUUUGCUGUCAAACACAACAAGGACUACCUGCUGUCUAUGGCCAAUAGGGGCAAAGAUACAAACGGAUCCCAGUUUUUCAUAACAACAAAACCGGCACCACAUCUGGAUGGUGUCCAUGUGGUUUUUGGCCAUGUAAUCUCUGGCCAAGAAGUAGUUCAAACUAUGGAGAACCAGAAAACGGAUCCAAACAGCAGGCCGUACGCUGAAGUGAAAAUCCUUAACUGUGGAGAACUCAUCCCUAAAUCUAAAGCAAAGAAAUCUGAGAAAAAGAAAGAGAAAGCCGGCUCCAAGUCCAGCGGUGGCUCCUCUGAUUCUGAAGCCUCCUCAAAGUCAUCAUCUGAGUCAGAAGAAUCAGAAAAAGAAUCCAAGAAGCGGAAAAAGAAGGCGAAGAAACAGAAAAAGAAACAGAAAAAGGAAGAAAAGAAAAAGUCUGUUGCUGAGAGCGUGGAGGAAAAGGAAAAAGAGCAGGAAGACCUGGUCACAUCUACUGUACGUCCUGAAGAAAUACCACCCAUCCCUGAGAAUCGUUUCCUCAUGAGAAGAAGCCCUCAAACAACCCAGACGUCAAACAAGGAGGAGGAAAAAGAUCAGAGGAAUAAGGAGGACAGGCCAAGACAAAAUGCAGCAUAUAAUUCUCUGUCAGCAUAUCAGAGACGGUUUGUGGUGACAACUCGAUCAGGCAGGAAGAUAAAAGGAAGGGGGCCACGGAGAUACCGAACCCCAUCACGCUCCCGCUCAAGGUCCAGAGAUCGAUAUCGGCGGAGUGAAACUCCUCCACACUGGCGUCUGGAGAUGCAGCGUCAGAGGAUGAGGGCAGUCACGGGAGAGAGAUGGAUUAAGGGUGACAAAAGUGAAAUGAAUGAGACUAGAGAUGAAGAAACAAAAGCUCCAAGGCGAGAGAGAAGGACCUCCAAUGCACAAGAUGAACACACAGAUGAGAGUAAAAAAGACAAGCGUAGGUCUCGUCGCUCUAAAAGCAAAGAAAACGACACCGUAGAAAAAGCAGACAAGGACAAGCAUAGCAAACACAAGGCCAAGAAAAAAGAAAAGUCUCGCAGUCGCAGUAAAAGCAAAGAAAAGAGUAGAAGGUCAAAAAGCAAAGAGAAGGCUAGCAAGCAUAAGAGUGAUGACAGAAGAGGUCGCUCAAGGAGCAAAGAAAAAUGUGUUGAUAAGAAAGAAAAGCAGUCGGAAUCUGAUCAAAGUAAAGAUGGACCGAAGGGUCAUGAAUCUGAUAAAAAGCAUGAAGACACAAAAAGUACCGAGGAGAGAACGGUCCAAAUCAUCAAACAACUGUCAAAGUCUAAAAGCAAAGAGCGAUCAUCUGCAAAGGAUGAGCGCAGAUCCAGGAGCAGAAACAGGGAUAGAGAUGAGCCAACAGCAUCCAAAGAUAAGGAAAAACGAGAAAGAAACAGAGGGAGAGAAAGAAGCCGAAGUCAAGACAGGCGACGCAACAGUGACAGGGAGGAUCGGAGAGGAGGAACGUCCAGGGACAAAGAUCGUCGGUCAAGAAGUCCUGACAGGAGCAAGACCAGAGACUCGCACCGAAGCAGGCGCUCCAGAAGCAGAAGUCACAGGAGAGACCGCAGCAAAGACCGAUAUUAUCGAAAAGACCGAAGCAGAGAUGCUGCCAACCAAAGGAGACGCCGCCGCAGCAGCAGCUCCGAGAGCGACAGAGCUGAUAAAAGGAGGCGACAAAGGAGCCCAGAUUCCUCAAGGAGAGCCAGGAGUUCCUCCAAAUCCAAAGACAGAAGAAGCCCGGCCAGACCUGACAGUACUAAAGGUAAAAAUAGAAGCGAUGGCAAAAAGAAUCGGUCGCGCUCCAGCUCUGACAGCGACUGAUUGUGGGCUUUAUUGAUACCAGUCUGUGAAAUUAUUUAGUCCUCAGUUUUUUGCAAAGCCAAGAUGAGUCUGUUCAAGCCAACUCCACACUGGUAAGUUAAUGGUUUACAGAUAAUUAAUAGUGACUGAGGGGGCAGAUCUGAACAUUUAAUUAAUCUCUGCAUAGAUGUUAUUUUACAUUUUCACAGUAAACCACAUUACCGUUUUUUUUUUUGU